CUAUAGCCAUUCAUCGCUUUGAUUGGCUUCAUGGCGCGCGAAUGCUGCUGGGUGUCGUCCAAGUGGGAGCUUGCUCAUGCAAAGCACAGCAACAGCAUUGGCGGUUGCAAUAUGGAGCACAUGGCGGCCCACAAAAUGUCAUUUCCACUCGAAAUGCUACUCCGGACUUACACUUCACAAGUGAAUUGUCGACAGAGAACUGUGACGUCUAGUCCUAAAUCGAAGAUGAGGUCCGAUGAGAUGGCGACACGACGAGUCAGACAGCAGUCAGGCAGUGCAGGCCGAACCUGGCCACGAGGUACGGCUGGCUAGCUGGUACUUUUGGAUGCACUUUGAGUAUGAAGGUUCGCCAUGACAGGGUUGUACGAGCACUCGAGGUUUUGUGCGGUAUAGGAAACAAUCCCGAACUGCUGGGUGACAUAAUUAACCAUUACCUAGAAGGGGCAUUAUGCGAUGUGACAAAGGGGGAAAAGCCCGUGGUGCAUCCAUUCUUGCUGCGACUUACACAGCCUUAUUUCACUCUGCAUGAAACGCCACAACAGAACACACUGCCCAAUACUCUUGCACACCACAUCCUGCUUUUAGGUGAAGGCGGUUGAAUCUGGUUUAUGCUGCCAUAAGAAAACACCACCACUGGAGACAGGCCACCUCCUUG